CUGAGUUGAACAACUUGUUGAUAUGCACAGAUAAAGUAAUGUUCGUGGCAAUGAAGUAAUCCGAAGACAAAAAGUCACAUGUCCUAGAAAGCGUAAACGAGAUAGUGUACCAAGGUUUAAUAAUCUUCUUUACGCUUUGUCUAAAGUAAUUGAGAACUUACAGAGGGUAGUAAAUUAAAUUACGCGGUUUCCUUCGUUGUAUGCACCCCAAUAAUGGACAUCGAAAACCGACCGAAAGGCGGCGCACCUCGCCUCGAUGCAGCAUUAACAACGAAAUCGAAGUCACUUUGUCGUAGCAAAUCCUGCAGCGCCUGCUUUAUCCUGAGUUUAAUUUGCACCUAUCUGGCAACAUUAAUCGUUCUACUAGACCAAACUGUCGUCGAGGCAGUAAGCUAUGGUCAACAUGAUUCGAAUAGAUCAGAGGCAUAUACAAUAUUGUUUGAUUCCGAUAAAAGCUUCAGAUUGCCAGAAGAAGUCGUACCUAUUCAUUAUGACCUCUACUUGCAUCCAAAACUUAAAGAAGGCACAUUUUCCGGAAAGGUGACCAUUCUCAUUGAUGUCAAACAGAACUACAACAGGAGAUUCAUAGCUCUCCAUCAAAAGAAUCUCAAUGUAAAAUCUGCAAAGUUAACGUACGAUUUAGAUGAAAACUAUGAAAUUAACAUCUCUUACAUCAAUAAGCCUUCCAAAUAUGAAAUUUUUACGAUAUUAACUGAAAAUGAGAUUAAAUCAGGAUUAUAUCACUUGAGUCUAGAAUUUGAUGGAAGUCUAAAGGACAAAAUGGACGGAUUUUAUUCCAGCACAUAUCAGUAUACGAGUGAUAACAUUAAUGAAACCAGGUACAUUGGGACUACUCAGUUCGAGCCAACAUAUGCUAGACAAGCUUUUCCGUGUUUCGAUGAACCCCAUUUGAAGGCAGAAUUUUCGAUAAAACUGGUUUAUCCCAUGGAUAAUGGCUAUCAUGCUUUGUCUAAUAUGAAUGUAAAGAGUACGGAGAUACAUACACCGAAACGUAAUCUAGCAACAGUGACCUUUGCAAAAACUGUACGUAUGUCCACGUAUCUAGUUGCUUUUGUUAUUAGUGACUUUGUUGGCACAAGUAAAAUGGCAAAGGGCUUAAAUGGGCGAGAAUUUCCGGUUAGUGUUUAUACCACAAGACUUCAAUCAAAGGAGAAAAGAGAUUUUGCAGUGGAUAUUGGCGUAAAAGCUAUCGAAUAUUUCAUAAACUUAUUCAAAAUAGAUUAUCAAUUACCAAAACUCGAUAUGGUUGGGAUUCCUGAUUUUAAAGCCGGCGCUAUGGAAAAUUGGGGCAUAGUGACUUACAGAGAAGCAAGGUUGAUUUAUGAUGACCAUAGUAACUCCAUUUAUGAUAAGCGCGCAGUAAUUAACGUAAUUUGUCACGAACUAGCACAUAUGUGGUUCGGAAAUCUAGUUACUAUAAACUGGUGGAACGAUUUAUGGCUCAACGAAGGUUUCGCUACAUUUAUGAGUUUUAAAUGUUCAGACGCGAUUGUACCAAACCAACAAUAUAUGGAGGAAUUUCCUAUAUCAAUAAUGCAGAAUGUGUUCGUUUCCGACUCAAAAUUAAGCUCUCAUCCUAUCGUUUAUAAUGUCCAAAAUGCAGCUGAUAUUGCAGCAUUCUUUGAUGACGUAUCUUAUCAAAAGGGAUCAUCUAUAAUCCGCAUGAUGGAAAAUUUUUUUGGAUCUGAUGUCUUCUUCGGUGCAAUUAAUAGCUAUUUGAAUAAGUACUCUUAUGAGAAUGCAGAGACGGCAGAUCUCUUCGAAGUUUUGCAAAAUGCGGUUGGAAACAAAUUAAAUGUAACAGCUGUAAUGGACACUUGGACACGACAAGAAGGCUUCCCCGUUAUUAACGUGAAAAAGUCUGAAAACAAAUUUGUAUUAACCCAGAAACGAUUUUUGGACGAUCAAGAUGCCAAAUUCGAUCCUUCAGAAUCCAAUUACAGAUAUCGAUGGACCAUACCCAUCACUUAUAUCACUAACAGAAACAAGAAACCCACUCUUGUAUGGUUCAACAGGAAUGCAAAUAAAUUGGUAAUUAAGGUCGACAGACGUACCAAAUGGAUCAAAUUAAACGCAGGCCAAGUUGGUUUUUAUCAAGUUAAUUACAAAAAGGAAUGGAAAACUUUCAAGGAGUUGCUUCGUUCUUGCCACACGAAAAUAUCCUCAUUGGAUCGAGCAAAUCUUUUGGGCGACAUGUUUAGUUUAGCUGAUGCCGGUGAGAUUGAAUAUAACACUGUGAUGGAUAUAAAUGUAUAUCUCAUCAAGGAAAGUCACGCUUUUCCAUGGAAGGUUGCGAAAUCGAAAUUGAUGACGAUGCAUGCUCUAUUAACUUCUUCAUCUAAACCACAUAUUGCGGACAAGUUUCAGUCUUUCGUGUUGAUGUUGGUAGACACCGUCUACAAGAAUGUAGCUUGGAUCGAUAAGACUACUGAGGAUGUUCCGUUAACAUAUAUGAACAGAAUACUGCGACCUACGGUAAUCGAAUUGGCCUGUGCAAUGGAUUCACCUGAAUGCCUAAAAACAGUCGGAGAGCUUUUUAAGGAAUGGCUGAUAGAAGAGAAGCCGCAGCAUCCUGAUAUUCGCGAAUUAGUUUAUUACUAUGGUAUGCGUUAUCGUUCAGAUGAAAACGAGUGGAAUAUCAUGUUUGAGAAAUUUAAAGACGAGACCGAUCCUAGCGAAAAGAAUAAAAUAAUGAUAGGAUUAUCAGGCAUAAAAUCCACUAAAGUUCUAAAGGAGUACAUUACCAGAGCAACUAAUGAGACAUAUGUCCGCACUCAAGAUUUCUUGAGGUGCUUAACUAUGAUUUCCAUGAAUCCCGAUGGUACAUCAUUGGUAUGGAACUGGGUACGCGAGAACUGGGAAUUUUUGGUGAAUAGAUACACUCUGAACGAUCCAUAUCUUGGUCGACUUAUACCAUCCAUUACACGUUCCUUCGCUACACAAAGUAGACUAGAUGAGAUAAAAGCCUUCUUCAAGAAAUAUCCUAAAGCUGGUGCCGGUGUUGCUAGUCGAGCAAAAACUCGCGAGAUAAUCUUAAAAAAUAUCAAAUGGCUCGAUAAAAAUACUAAAAAAUUUGAUAAGUGGUUUUUAAAAAACUGGCCGCUUAAUAAGUCCUAUUAAAUGUACCAACAUAAUAUAUCGAUAUACAAGACAGCUAAAAAAGACGAAAGACUUAACAUACAUAAUCGAUUUUUAAUAAUUAUACUCAAAAACAAAGUUUUCUUAAAUCUUGGUAUGCCUCAAUUGUUGAAAGUAUUACCAGUAGCCUGAAGAUAAUUAAUUGUAAUUUUGUUUGUUAUCACGAACAGUUGUUACGAAAAGGAACAUCAUUCUUGUAAAACAUGAUGCUUAAUGAAAUUAUUCAAUAUAUCAAAAUUACACUACGAUCAAAUAUUUUGGUUUAGUCACACAAUUAUCGCAAUGAUUGGCAGGUAUGCUAAAGGCAGUUUUAAUUAUAUAUACCACAUUUAGUUAACACUAUUAUCCUCAAAUGUGGAUUUUUUUGUCUCAUAAGAUAUAUGAAAAUUAUCAUCAAAUCAUGAAUAUUGAAUCUAUUAUAAGAUCAAUUGCAUUUUUCAAAUAGCCAUCAAUAAGAUAUUGUAGAGA